UUCUGUGAAACAUCCUUAAACUACUUUCUAUGCAACAAAUUCAGCUUGAGAAUGGGCUCUAACACAAGGCUGUUCAGUUUGGGGGCAAACAGCAGGCCCAAGCAGGCCAAUCAAACUGGAAAGAUUUUAAGUAGCUAUGAAAUACUACAGAACAUUGUAUUUAGCCCAGUCGCGAACAUCGUCUGCAGACAUUACGUAGCCUAUAUCUGUGGUAUCAAAGAUGGUUAUCCCGUAUAAUCCCGAAGCGACCGGAAAAAAACCGGAAAGUGGGAAAUGAGGGCGACCGAGCUGCGAACUGCACGUGCGCGAACGGAAUGCGAAUAUUUUCUGCUUUUAUCUCCCAGCGGUACCGGAGAAUAUUCCAGUGUUUCCGUUUUCAGCGCUGCCACAACACAAUAUUUCAAGACGAAAACAAACGCAAACGCGCACUGUGGACGUUAGUGGCCACCUUCAGAGCCGUGCAUCUUCGCUGUUUCACCGCUUUCCAUUGCAAAAUCUUACUGCGUUCCUAGGUGUACCCCAUCGUAAAUAAUUUGAAGGGUUUCCCCAAUUGCAGCUUUUUACGAAGGGCUUACAUCAUAAUUAAUAACAUUGAUAUCACUUUUUUUUCACAUUUUAUACCGCAUCGUCCUCAGCACUGGAUACAGUUGUUCACUGGGUGUUUCAAGUUCGUCAUUAAUAUGUAACGUCCGUCUUGUGUAGAACCAUCCCCCAUUCUCUGCGCGCAUCGUGACCGCGCCGAUGCGGACAGCCACGACGCUGAAGCUGGGUCGGCCACCUCCUGUCACUGUUGCAGAAGGAAAAAGCAUUACGGAAUACCCCGAGCACUGGUGAUCUCUUCAGGGUUCUGCAGGAGCACAGCGGGGGUGCGUGGAAGCCGGACUCUCCAGGUGGAGAAGUGUAUGAAGAUCUCUGCCCCACUGCAGACCUGUCCAGCUUUUAGCCUGUUCUGCCACAGCUAGGAAAAUGUCUGGCUCGUAUGAUGAAUCAGCCAGCUUUGAGGAGGCCACAGACAGCUUCUGGGAGGUGGGGAACUACAAGCGAGCCGUGAAGAGGAUCGAUGAUGGACACAGACUCUGCAACGACCUCAUGAACUGCAUCCAGGAGCGAGCCAAAAUAGAGAAGGCCUACAGCCAGCAGCUGACCGAAUGGUCCAAGAGGUGGAGGCAGCUAGUGGAGAAAGGUCCGCAGUACGGCUCGGUGGAGCGGGCCUGGCUGGCGAUGAUGACGGAGGCCGACAAGGUGAGCGAGCUGCACCAGGAGGUGAAGAACGGUCUGCUAAAUGAGGACCUGGAGAAGGUGAAGAACUGGCAGAAGGACUCCUACCACAAGCAGAUGAUGGGCGGCUUCAAGGAGGCCAAAGAGGCCGACGAGGGCUUCAAGAAGGCCCAGAAGCCCUGGGCCAAGAAGCUGAAGGAGAUGGAGACAGCUAAGAAGGUGUACCACAUGGCCUGCAAGGAGGAGAAACUGGCUUCCACCCGCGAGGCCAACAGCAAGGCAGAGGCGUCAGUCACGCCCGACCAGCAGAAGAAACUGCAUGAGAAGGUGGACAAGUGCAAACAAGAUGUGCAGAAGGCCAAGGAGAAGUACGAGAAGGCCCUGGACGAGCUGAGCAAGUGCACCCCACAGUACAUGGAGCACAUGGAGCAGGUGUUUGACCAGUGCCAGCAGCUGGAGGAGAAGCGACUUAGCUUCCUCAAGGAGGUGCUGAUGGACAUCAAACGGCACCUCAACCUCACCGAGAACCAAAGCUAUGCUACAGUGUACUGGGAGCUGGAGCGCACCAUCAACGCAGCAAGCGCACAGGAGGACCUGAAGUGGUUCAGCAACAACCACGGGCCCGGCAUGCACAUGAACUGGCCCCAGUUUGAGGAGUACAACCCAGACGUGUCCCACACUGUCACCAAGAGGGAGAAGGUGAAGAAGCCAAACGAGGGGGUCAGUGCAGUGGGAGACCACGUGGUGGCCCAGGGAGGAGACAGGGGCAGUGUGAGCAGCUAUGAUAGGAACCAGGCGUACUCCGCAGAGUGGUCCGAUGACGAGCAGCCAGCGUCCCACUCAGGCAAUGAGACCAACGGGGGCACCAACCCCACGGAGGAGGAUUCGGGGAAGGGGGUGCGAGUGCGGGCACUGUACGACUACGACGGUCAGGAGCAGGACGAGCUGAGCUUCAAAGCCGGUGAUGAGCUGACUAAGCUGGAGGACGAGGACGAGCAGGGCUGGUGCAAAGGUCGCCUGGACUGUGGCCGACUGGGCCUGUACCCAGCCAAUUACGUCGAGCCCAUCUAGUCACAUGUGCGGACGACGAUGUCCCAUUGGAGGAAGCUGAGACUGUACUGUCCAAUGAUACUGCACAUAGCCAGAGACUCAAGAGCCACACUUCCCUUGCCAGACAGAUGCGCUGGGCAGACUUCACACAAUUUUAGCAAUUACAAAAAGGCAGUAUAUACACAGAAUAUAUUUAUCCGGUCAGGGGAUAGAGGGAUUUUAAAACACAAAGCAUAAACUUACAGUAUAUACAUAUAUGUCAAUAUACCAACGUUCAGGCAAGUGCAGGGAUACGUUUUGCAUUUUUGUGUAGCCGUGUUCAGUAUGAAUUUUGUGCAAAUGAUAUGACAUUUGUGUAGCAGUAUGUUCUCCUAUAACAGUAUGAGUAUUAUGUAGUCGAUGGCACCUGCAUAGCUGCAGUGAGCUAUGCCGUGUGCAUUGUGUAAAUUUGAUGACCUUUUUUGUGCUACAGUCUCGAUGCUAUGCGUGUACAGUUCUCAUUCCUGCAUCAGUGAUUCAGGUAAAGCUGCACUGUGUAAGCCGUGUUUUCCUCUCCUUCUGUGGGUUUGGUGCCGCUCGGCUGUGGCUGGUGCCAGACUGUGCCGUUAUUUUAACAUCUGUGGACCGUAGCAGCAUGCGCUACGCAGCGCGUGUCCCGCACCCCCCGCGGAGUCGGGUGCAAGACCGUGCCCCUGGGGCGCGGUGGCGGGACAGCAUCUCCACACGGAGUUCUCCUGAUGUUGGCCUUUUGUUUCUGUUAUGUUUUUGUUUCCUGUACCAUCCCACUUUGCUAACCCUUCAAAGUAAGGAGAGCUCAUCUCUUAAUACACCCCCUGUUUUGUUAGCAUGUUAGCAUUUCCUCUUGUUUUUUUGUGAUGUCUUUUAUAAUGGUGUUUUUAUUGUAGAGCACACAGAGGGGGCAUUGUGAUUGCUACCCAGUCCUCUCCAGUUCAUCACUGACUCACAGUUUUUUCUUUUUUCUGAAGGGUUGUCAGGGUUUGAGAAUCUGUUUUGAUGACUUCAUACACCCCCUCCCUUUCCAAUGUGCAUCUGGGGGGAAAAAUGCUCCAGACCAGACCAAACCAGCCGAACCCAGUGUAAAUGCUUCAGCCAGCCAAACCAGCCGAACCCAGUGUAAAUGCUCCAGACCAGGCCAAACCAGCCGAACCCAGUGUAAAUGCUUCAGCCAGCCAAACCAGCUGAACCCAGUGUAAAUGCUUCAGCCAGGCCAGGGCUGGCGCACAGGUCACAUGCUGGAGCAGAAAUAAGAAAGGUAAAGGCUGGAAAACAUAGCAAGCCAGUCACUGCACUGCAUGCUGGGAGUUCUCUCUCAGAGAACAUUGUCUUCCACUCAAACGCAUAGAUCAAAGAGUGCAGUGCUUUACUCUCCACCCAAACAAAGAGUAUGAAGAUGAAAUCCAGCUAAGGACUGGAGUAGCUGUCUGGGUCCUUUAUGAAGUGGUGUGCAGACUGUCCCCCAGAGUCCCAUCAUGCUUUCUGAGCACCUCUGCUCCAGCGCCCCCAUGUGGCCGCAGGGCAGACUCACAUCAGCUGGGCUGCUCCCCAGUGUCAGUCAUGUGAUUAUCUGUUUCUCCUGUGGCUUCCUGUGGGAAUUUGCUGCUAUGUAAAAUGUCUCCUCGCUCUUCUGCCCCCCGCCGUCAGAAUUCUUCAGUGUAAACAGGACCUCUCUGUCCCAGACAGACCCUUCCAGUGAUGACUCUCAGUUAGUUUGAAGGGAAAAAACUUGCCUUUAUGUGCAGUCUGUUAUUACCAGGUAGUAUUUGGGAGAACUAUAAGAGCAGUUACUUCUAUCUCUAAACUAUCAGUACUGCUUUUUCCAAAAUUGACUUAAUCUUGAAAACACUUUUUCACAGUACAUGGAAAAGUAGGGCAGUGUGGGGACAGCAGACUCUCAUUAUGCUCCAGGGGAGUAACUGCAUCACGGUCUCAUUCUGUUUCUUUGUCCUCAAAUCAAUAGUAUUUAAACCCAGACACCUUCAGGUGAGCAGUGCAGUCAGACACAGCAUCUCUCACAGAACACCCAGCAUCUCUCACAGAACACCCAGCAUCUCUCACAGAUCACCCAGCAUCUCUCACAGAACACCCAGCAUCUCUCACAGAUCACCCAGCAUCUCUCACAGAACACCCAGCAUCUCUCACAGAUCACCCAGCAUCUCUCACAGAUCACCCAGCAUCUCUCACAGAUCACCCAGCAUCUCUACCCAGCAUCUCUCACAGAUCACCCAGCAUCUCUCACAGAUCACCCAGCAUCUCUCACAGAUCACCCAGCAUCUCUACCCAGCAUCUCUCAUUCUCUCACCGGGCAGAGAAACACGCAGCGAGCAGGAAACAUGCUGACACACACUGACACACACUGAAACACGCUAAGACACGCUGACACACACUGAAACA